AUGACUUCUCAAGAUGUGUCAAACCCCCAAACCAAUGCAUUCGUCCUCAUUUUCGGACGAACAGCACUUGAAACCCCCAUACAUGCAUACAUGGUAACAUCUGCGCGAUUCCUUGGCCGCCUCACACCAUCUCUCUCGCCAGCCCUGCCUUCCCAAACCGCCAUGCCGAGCUUCGCUCGCUCGCUCCAUCUCGACAUACCUUGUUCCUGGGCGGGUGGUCAAAAUGUUCUCCGCAAGGAUCGCCGUAUCGAGACAUGUGGGUCUGAGUUGCAGCGCUCGAGGACUCCGGCGCCAGGUCGGCGGGGCGGCGGGUCAUCGAAAUCAUCAUCAUCAUCAUCAUCACCACCACCAUCACCUCAAAUAGACCCCGUACAGUCACCAGAAACUGCAACCACCCCCAAAAAACCAAUCUACAUUCGCCUCCCCAUCGCCCUAGCCCUCACCCUCCUCACCUUCAGCGCCGGCUUCCUCAUGGCAGGCAGCCCAGCCGUUGCGCCCCUCCGCGCCCUCGCCAACCCACCCACAGACGCAGAAACGCUCUCGCUCUACGAGCCAGCCACACCGGCCAGCGCCGCAAUCGAGCAAUCCAUCUGGGAUCACCCGCUUACCAAAUCCCUCCUCUCCAACCCAAACUACAUUGCCUCGCGCCCGCACCUCAAGAUUCCCGAAGCCCUGCGCGCCCAAAACCUAACGGCUGGCACGCUGCUCGGCGACGACAAGAUUGCCGUUCCGCCGGUGCAGUUUACGACGGCCGAUGGCUCCACCUUUGUUAGUAUCCAGUAUCUCGGGUCCGCGCUGUGCGGGCACCCGGGCAUCGUGCAUGGCGGCUUGUUGGCUACGCUGCUGGACGAGGGCCUCGCGCGCUGCUGUUUCCCCGCGCUGCCGAAUAAGGUGGCUGUGACGGCGAGUCUGAAUAUCACGUACAAGGCGCCCGUCAUGGCGGACCAGGUGGUGGUGUUGAGGGCGGAGACGACAAAGGUCGAGGGCCGCAAGGCGUGGGUCAAGGGUAGGCUCGAGACGCUGGUCGAUGAGGAGAAGGGGGAGAAGCCGGUGGUGUUGACAGAGGGGGAGGCGCUGUUUAUUGAGCCGAGGCAGGCGGCGCACUUGAAGAGGGUGGUGAAUUAG